AUGGCUGAGCCGAGCCAUGUUGAAGUGACCUCACCGCGUCUUGCAGUGACAACUGCAUGGGAACUUUUCUCCGACGAGUUUCGGCGCGCACUCGAGGACCACUUGCGAGAGCAAGAUGAGCGCCUGCAACUCUUCUUUGAUCAGCUGGCACGUGACCAGGUGAUCUGUCGAGGCUUCGAUCGAGAGGCGCUUGACGAUCCGGUCCCGAGCGAGAAGGAAGCAGCAGAGGACAAGGCACAGCACGAAGGAACUUGGCUCAACGGCGACGACGUGAAGGAGCCGAUUGCACCAGGACCCAGACCGGAAGACUCGACAAAGGUAGAAGGCAAUGCCGUUGUCGCGCUUGCCAGCCUGAACAUAGAGGAUUCGAUGAGCAACCCUACAGCCAACAGGUCCUUAUCGAAGGACCUUGGAGCCGCGGUGGCGCAGCAGGAACAAAAGCUGCAACAGCGCCAUACUCAAAGUGGCGGCGCGUUCCAGGCAUUUCUGAAUCCCUGGGCCGCUCGCAAUGCUCGCUUGCGACACAAACGGUUCCUCCGAGCAAACGAGGAGGCCGCGCCACCGCCCAUAAUGUCCUCCUGGGUCGCUUGCCGCGUGAAGCAGCUCAGCACUCAACUGAUGAGCUCGCUGUCGUGGGCCGCAAACCUCGAGGAGCCCGAAAGGACCUCUUGCCUGGCGGCGUUCAUCCAGGAUCCGAUCUUCGUCUCUGCUGUGGUCUGCGCUAUUGUGGCGAAUACCGCAUACACCACAUAUUCAGCCAAUUAUGAGAUGGAGACCCUGGGCCAGGAGCAUGAGUAUCAUCAAACCAUGGAGGCAGUCUUUCUCGGUGUCUUUGUCUUGGAGUUGCUCUUGAAGCUCUUCGUUCAUCGCCUGUACUUCUUCGUCAACGAGGAUUGGCAUUGGAACUGCUUUGACUUCCUGAUUUGUGCGACAUCCGCUUGUGAUGUUCUUGGCCUUGCGCUGCCGGUGGGCGGCGUUUCGUUUGCGAGGUCUUUACGAGUCCUCAGAGUCGCGAAGAUCUUGCGUGUCAUCCGAAUGCUCAGAUUCUUGCGUGAGGUCAGAAUUAUGCUGAUUUGCAUGAUGGGCUCCAUUGUGUCCUUGUUCUGGGCAUUCGUCAUGCUGGUGUUCACCAGUUUCUUGUUUGCCCUUUUCUUCAUGCAGGAGAUGGCUCCGUACUUGGCCGCCAAUGCGGCUGUUGAUGCGCCGGACAAAUGCCCUGGUGGCCCUGAAGACCCUGCCGAGUUAUGGGCUUGCCAGCGUUACUACUUCCGAACAAUCUUCUCCACAAUGCAUGUCUUGGGUAUGGCUUCCACUGGGGGCAAAGACUGGGAGGAGGUCUGGAAACUGAUCUCUCCAGUCGGCUGGGAUACAGCCGGAGCCUUCCUUUUCUACAUGGUGUUCUUCAUGUUUGCUGUGAUGAACAUAAUCACAGGUGUGUUUGUCGAGCAUGCAUCUAUCCUGUCAAAGCCCGAUGACGAGGAGGCCAUGCUCGAGCACAUGAGACAGCUUCGUAGCGAUGUCGAAUACCUGACAGCGAUUAUGGAGCUGAUUGACAAGGACAAGUCUGGCUUCAUCUCUGUCCGCGAGUUCCUCACGGCGAUGCAAAACGAAAGGAUCGAAUACUCCCUUCGGUCGAUCGGUGUGGACAUGCGCAUGCCAGAGAGGUACUUCACCACACUGGCUUCACUCAGUGACAAGAAAGAGCUUAGCAUCAAGGAGCUCGUGUACAAGAUUGUGGACAUGAAAGGUUCUGCAUCCCGAGCCGAUGUGGAGCUCCUGAGUUUGGAGACCAGGAUCCUGAAGCGAGAAGUGACGGAAAUGUUUGCAGGCAAGGAGUUCGCAAGCCAGAACAGCCUCUCCUGCCUCGCGUGGAGCGCUGUCACCGAGAUCGCCCGUGCCACGGAGACGGAGCGUGCCCUCCAAUGUCGUGGAGCAAUGUUCUCCUUAGCCAUCUGCCCUUCAAACGGCGCGAGACCGUUAACGAAUCGUCGAAGCUUGGUUGCAGAUCUGAUGGUUGCCGGGAAAUGCAUGGCAAAGCCGUCGCAUGAGAAGAUCUGUGAGUCGGACACAGAUUUGCCGCUCCGCGCUGUUUUCCUGGCGACCGCCGCCGAGGAAGCCCAAAAGCGUGCUGCAGAGGCCGAGGCGCAGCAACAGGAGAUCCAGCGCCGGAAAAAAGAGCUCGAGGACUUGGAAGAAGCGAGGGAUGAUGCGGCCAGACGAUCGCAGGAGCUUCGAGAAGAGCAGCGCCAAGAGGUAGCCCGAGCAGAAGAAGAGCGGUCUCGCCUCGCGGAGGAAGCAGUUCUGCAAGAGGGCGGGAAAGUUGAUAUCAUGAGCCGAAUCUGCCUUUGGAUCCGCAUGCCUUUGAUUCCAUGGAGCAUGCGCAAGUCAUUGAAGAUAGCCAAGACCAGCCAGAUUCGCUGGGCUAAUCCUCGUGUGGCUUCGGCCUUGGAGGAGUUGCGGUCACUUCCAGAAGCAGAUGGUGACCUGCUUGCUCUCGACUCGGAGCUUUUAGCUGCGGCCUUCCUGGCCCGCUGCGACUUCGACGUGACACGCGCAAGAGAGGCCAUUGCGCACACUGCAGCCUGGCGGAAGCAGAGCGGUGCGAGUGAGGUGAGGAAGAAGUUGCUGGAAGAGCCCAAGAUGAGUUUUUCCGACUUUCCACAUGGGCCAGCCGUGCUCAAGCACUUCCCACAGUGUGAGGGCGGGGCGGCUGUGGACAAGCGGGGCUUGCCUUAUGCCAUUCGAUGUGUAGGAAUUGCCGAUGCAGUUGGCCUUUUCUCGGUUAUCACGGAGGACGAGAUGUUGCAAUUCCAGACGCAUUUAUGUGAGUGGCGGCUGCUGCAGCUCGAAGACUUCGCUCGAGCGACGGGGCAACUAACCGGCCUUCUGAUUGUCCAGGAUAUGUUCGCACCAAAUGGACUAUUGAAUGCUUGGCGAAAGCAUGGCAGCAAGUCCAAGAUCAUGAGACGUCUUACCAGCAUGAUGGACGAGCACUAUCCAGGUGUGAUGGAGUCUGUUCUGCUGGUGAAUGCCCCAUGGGCCAUGCACGCUAUUCUGCGGAUCCUGACGCCUUUGCUGCCGCAGAGGGUGGUUAAGAAGCUCCAGGUCGUGCCGAUGGCGCAAACUCCCGAGCGCCUGCAGCAGCUGGUCGACGAGUCGAACCUGCCAGAGUUCCUGGGAGGAAGUGCUGCUGAUGCUGAAUUCGUGCCCGCACGAGCCGCGCUAGUAGCUAACGGAUCAGGUUCUGAACUCUUCAUCAAAGCUGGACAGACGGAAGAGCGCAGUCUUGAUCUGCAGCAGGGCGACAUUGCGGCCUUCGGCCUGUCCGUGGCCAACGGCCUGGACAUUCUGUUUGCCUGCCACUUCGAGUCGGAGGAGGAGGCAGUGGAAGAAGUGUUCACAGCCAGACGACUGCAGGAGGAGAGCUCCAGCUUCUCGGCGCCAAGGGAUGGAAGGCUGGUGCUCACCUUUGACAACUCCUACAGCUGGGUGAAGCCCAAGGAUGUGCGCUUUGAGUUGUCCAAGCUCCUCGCGGAGGCCUUGAAAUGGCUUCCAGUCUGUCGCCACUGCGAAGACUCGCGGCGAAGAGAUGCCCUGUACAGAUUUCGAGGGCAUCCGCGCGAAUCCGUGAUCCGGAGGGCAGAGUGGACAGGCCGAGCUGCAGAGGAAGCGCGCGGAGUUGCGCCGGCCUCGGUUGCCUCGAUUGCCGCGGAAGGCCUCGAGCAGCAAGCGGAGCGCCUCGUAAGGGAACGCCAGGAGCAGGAAGAGCAGACAUUGCUGCAGGCAUCUCGACACGAGGAGGAGUCGAGGAAGAGACAGGAGGACCUCGAUCGGCGCAAGGCGGAACUCCAGCAGCUCGAGGACGACCGGGAGACAGGCCAGGAACAGCACGACGCUGAAGAGAAAGCGGCGAGCGACCGCCACACCCGUGCCAGAUUCCCAGAGGCCGAACUCGCCGAUCAGCAGGCACAUCUCGAAGCACAGCGGAAGGAGGUCGAGAGUUGUCGGCAGCGCGGCGAGGUCGAACGAGAUGCGCAGCUUCAGGCUCUACAGCAACACGAAGCAGAGCUGAAAAAGCACCCAGGCUGCAAAGGUCCAACCGGCGCAAGAGACGAGGCUUGUUAUGUUGACUCCAUCACAGUUGAUCUUUAA